GAGCUGAAGUGAAGUGUAUAAAGUAGUAAACAGCGAAACUUCUUCAUCGAAAAACCGUAAACAGAUCAAACGACAGAGUGUGAGAAGAAGAAGAAGUAAAACUACAUUGGAAUCAUAUGAAAAUAUAAAAAAAUCACAAUUUUUGUUUUCUUCCGUCAAUUCGGUGUGAGCAUAACGUGAAUUUUGUUAUUAGAACAGCAUUUUAUAUGCUGAAACUCGCCAAUCGAGAUACGCAAUACGAAUAGAAGUGAAGCAAAAAAAAUAUUACCAGGCGAAAAAGAAUCAGUUGAUUUACGCGGCUCGAGACAAAAUGUCAUAAAAGUGUAUAAUUCUCAUUUUUUUUCGUCAUUUCUCCUUGUUUCUUCUCUGAUUGCCCGUUUUUAAGUGUGAAAAGAAAGAGAAAUAAAAGAAAACGAAGAUCAAAUUGAAUUGUGUUUGCGAUAAAUUGUUUUAUAUAUUGGGUAAAUCGAAUAUUUAAUAACUUUUUUUCCAUAAUUAUUUUUUCUUUACUUUUUUGCAUUGCAUCAAGUGGAAGUGUGUGUGUGUGUGUGUGUGUGUUCGUACGAAAUGAAACGAAAAGAAAAGAAAGAGAAACGAAACAGAGAAAAAAUAAUGAAGGCGAUUGUGGUUAGUUUUUAGUUGGUGAAACCGAAAUAUUUUUCAUUGGUGUUUAAUAAGCGAUACUUUCGCGCGACGAACAAGGGUUGGUUCGCAUGAUGUGACGACGAAAAACAAAAUCAUUUUUGGUAUGAUGCGACAGACAUCACAUGCAUGUCUUGUUGUUACAAUCGAUGAAACACUAAUUGGUGGAUGAAUCAGUUUUUUUUCCUAUUUUUCAUUUGAUCCGAAGUGAUUUUGUUACGGUUACCUCGAUACUGACUGUCAUUAGCGCACCAACGAUAUACAUAUAUGCAUGAAAUAAACAAAUCCGCAUCAGCGCACACACACAUCGAAUUUCAUACAUGAAAAAUGAUUAAAGAAUUCACAAUGUUGAUUUUUCGUUCGCUCGUUCGUUUCGCUGCUGACUGAAGAAGAUCCUGCAUUUUUCUGCUCCGCUCUGAGAAAAACGCGGAAUGUUUAAAAAUAAUUACCACAAAACAACGAAAAUAGUCAUAAAUGAAAGUCGUCAACAAUGAACAGACAAGCGAAAGACAAUGCGCAAAACAUAUAGGAGAAAAAAAAGAAUGAAAAGAAGCGAAGCAAAAAGAAGUAGAUUGAAAAGAAGAAAAAAAUACGGCAAAGAGAUGAAAAAAUAUCAAGAAGAAAAGUAUAUGUGUGUAUAUACAGCAAUAUCAUUUUUUCUUUCUCUCUCUUUCGAUUUUUGUUCGGAUGUUGUGCUGAGAUUUCUUGUUUUCAUUUAUCUGCAUGUAAAUUUUGCUUUAUUUGUCUUUGACAACAUCAACAAAGAAUCUGCUCAUGACAUAUGAUAUAUUGAAAUGUCUUUUGAUGUACGGCAAUAUUCCGAACCGAACUCUUCCACCCGUUUCGUGGCCUGCCGAUGCUGCUAUCGAAUACGGCUUACGCGGCGGCGGCGACUGCCUGCGGCUCAAAGAAAACUUGACUGAAUUUUUGCAGUGAGUAGAAAUUGAGUAUCAAUGCGAGUGCAAAAAUCGACACAAUAUUGAUAAAAAUGUGAAUGAGAUAGAGACCCACGACCCACCACGUACCCGCAACCGAGUGAAGAGCGAACAAAGCGAAAAUACACGCAGCUCUCGCGAGCACUAAUUUUUUUUCUUCUCUUCUUCUUCUACUCUGUGCCUGUUCGUUGUAUUGUUGUUGUUACUUCUGUUGUUGCUGCUUCUUUCGUUUUUCAAUUUUUUUUCCUUGCGUUCUCACUCGCUCUAUCGACGAGUUUACACAGAAAAACUGUGUACGAAUUGCAUGUGUAAAAAUUGUUUAUGACCGAUUCGUAUGGUGCAAGGAACGAAAGAACGAGCGCGAACCAUUUCAUAGAUGGGUGUAUGAGAAGAUUGUGUGUAUAUUGUAUGUGAGGCAAGAGACAGUACAUGAGAUAAGCAAGCAGUGCGGAUCACAUUUUUUUUUCUUCAAUCGCUCGCUUCGUUCGCUGUUGUUAUUCUAUACUUUAAACAGCACAUAUGAAUAUGUUUGCAUAUACAUCGAUACUAAAAAUCACACCGACUACAUGAAAAUAUAGGCAUAUCGGUGUUUAUUAUUUUUCGUGCUCUCUUUAUUAUUAGUCGUUUGAUUCGCGAUUUUCGAAAUCACUCAGUGUGUUUUUUUUUGCUAUUCUUCUCUCAUUGCUCGGUGUGGCCGACUCGGUUCAAUUGCUGGCUGCUGCUGUUUUCUUCUUGUAGUACGAUGUAACUGAUUGUGGACCACAAUCAUUUUUUUCUUCAUUUUAGUUCUUGUCAUUUUCACACGAUUACCAAACAAACGGUUCAAACGACCGAAGCGGUUUCAACCGAACAGCAAAAAAAAAAAACAGUCAACAAUAUAUGAGAAAUAUAUGAAUUACAUGGAAGAAGAAAAAAAAGUCAGCAGCCAAAACGACAACAACAACAAUUGCAAGGCAACGCGUGAAAGACGAGCAGUGAGAGUGUGCGAUACGCGCACACGCAAUAAUAACUAUAUUGUGGACGGGCACAGCAAAGGCGAUAUGUGUACUGCUUUGUACUGUGUGUAUUACAUGGGCUUCGAUUCCAAUUUUUUUUUUCGUUCGCUCGCUCGCUCCUCUUCUUCUUCUUCUUUUUCUUUGUCUCUAUCCUUCUCAAUGCUUUUCAUUCCGUCGUGUGUAUUCCGUUGUGUGAACUGUUUUUGCGCGUUCGCAGUGUUGUGUGUAAAUAAAAUUGCGAGAGAGCAAAGCCUCUGUGUCCCAGUGGUUCUUGGUUGUCGACAAGCAAACAUAAAAAUUCACCAGCACACCGACUAACACGACUCUCUUUUGCUCUCUGUCUCUCGCUGUCGCUCGCUCGCUUACUCCGUGUGUACAGUACACACAGCCAUGCGAACACAGAGAGUGCGAGAGAGAGAGAGAGCAACACAAUGUACGAUUAUUUGAUGAACAAAAUCGCAAUCAAACAUUGAAUGUGCUCUCAUAAGUUUGCGCGCACACAUUGGAAGUGGUAGUGUACCUUUUUCUUCUCAUCAGACAACAGUAGUAAAAAUAAGAGAAAAAAGCACACAACAACGAGAAAUUCCUUUUGGAUUUCGCCACUAACAGUUUAUUUUUUCUACCAUUCAUAUACAAAUCGGAUUUUUAUACGGAUUUGUAUUCGUACACACAUUGUGAAAAUAGCGAUAGAGGAAAAAAAACGAGAAUUAGAAAUACCGUCAAGUCAUUUGUGAUGUUAGUCAACUUUAUUUCAUGAGAAUCCCGUUUUGCACUGUUCGAUGAAACACACUAUGGAAUCGCGAUAAUUGCAUUGGACCAACGAGAAAAUUGUCUUAUGAGCGCUAUCAUCAAUUCGAGUAAAUAUGUAGACUGUAUGUGCCUGGAUAGCACACAUUCAAAAACAACAAGAGCAACGAUCAACUACGACGCUGACAACAGAAAAAGACAGUGUAUCCAAAAGAAAUACGAAACGACAAGAAGAAAAUAGCCUGCGAAUAACUGAGUUAUUCCAGUGAUAGUGAAGCUGACAAAGGCCGCAACAGUAACACAUUGGAAUCACAUUUCAUGGAAGGUUGCUGGUCUACUAACGCGUGCGCUUAUGUGUUUCAACAAUUUGAAGAAAACGAGAAAAAAAAAACGUGUGAACAAAUUUUGCAAUGUGACUAAGCAAAACAUAAAUUGAAUAAUUUCGACAAAUUCAAAACGUGAAUAGGUGUUUUUUUUUGUUGUUCAAUCUAUCUUUUGCAUAAUCAUUGCGAAUCGUUGCGAACUAAUAGCAGAGGAAAAAGUUGCGAGCAAAGUAAAUAGAGCGAAAAAGGCGCGCAACAAUAACGGUAACAUUUCCAGAGAGAAAAAAAGGUAGCAAAGUGAAACGAAAAGUCUCGCAAAACAAAACAAAGCAAAGUAAAAACAAAUACACAACCGUGAUCUAGUCUUUUUAAAGUGAUUCUUCAGUCAUUCUUGUCGAUGCGAUAAUCUUAACAUUAGAGAAUUCACAAGCAAACACAUCCAUUGAUUCAAUCGUUCGGUCAAUACAAAUUUCGAAAUCAACUCUCAAUUUCGUCAUCUUCGUUGAGAAGUCAUACGCUGGGCGACCAAGAGAAAGAAAAAAAAAACACGCAAAUUCAACGCACAAAAUAAAUGCUCGCAAAAAAAAAAAUAUAUAUAUCGAAUAAAAUCAAACCAAACAUAACUAAAUGCUAACUCGAACUGUGAAUUGAUUGAGACUAGUCCAUAAUAAACAAAGUAAAUACAUUUAUUUUUGCGGGAAAAAAAAGAAGUGCUUCAGUUCAAAUAAACCAAUAACACGUUUCAACGAUCACGGAUUUAGAGAAAGAGAACGAGGCAGCAGCAGCAGAAGCAGCAAUAAAAAGUGUCAAUCGCUUGAAGCAUUUCAUUUCUUUGGAACGUGAUUGGAUUGAUUUUUUUUUUCUGUGUGAACGCCGGAGACUAUUCGCCAGGAGUUUGUUAAUUUUGGAUAGCGAACAAUUUAUUCAUCCGUUCGUAACAGCAUUCAUACAUUUAUAUAUACCGCAAUCUAGGGUAUAUGAGUGAACAUCAGCUCCGAUUCAAUUGCAACACGCUAAUUGAUAGCGACAAUAAAAUCGUGUAUUAUUCGAGAUUGCCGUAAUUUAUGUUGCGGUUAGUUACAGAAACACAACGAAAGAGAUAGAGAUAGACAACUACUACAACACGACACACAUUCGGUUUAGAUUAUACCAUCAUAAAUUUUUUUUCCUGGUGAAACGAUAAUAUAACAAAAGCAAGCCAAAAUUGCGACCAAACGCAGACGAAAAAUUGGUGGAAGAUACAAAUUGAAUAUGCCAUUAAACGGAGAUACGAUCAACGCAGAUAAGUUGAGCGGUAUCGACGAAGAAUCAGACAUUUAUGAAGGUUUUUCGCCACACGUUGAUCGAUCGCAAAUUCAACUACCCGAUCCAUCGCCAACAUCUGAGAAAAAACCACCGUUGAAAACAUUCGAAGAUGUGCAAGCGCUGCUCAGUCAAGGCAAAAAGCGAGAGGUGAAGCUGUUAAUACGUGAUAAUGCGUGGCCAAUCAAUUCAACGAUACGUGCGCAACUGUGGCCCGCGAUAUGCAGCCAACACCAAGUGGGAAAAAGCAUGCUGGAAGGCUACUACUGGGACAUGGUUAAUCAGGUAUUUGGAACGACAGAAUUACCCGAUAAGCCAAUAAUGUUGCCGCCGUUCGUUGACCCAACGCAUUGCCUGCCAUAUUAUUUGACGCGAAAAGGGCGAGCAGUUGCUGAUCGUGUUGUUAGUGUAUUAGCAUACGUUUGCCCAGAUAUCACCUAUAGUCCAACAAUUUAUCCCAUUGCAGCUAUCCUACUACAUUUUAUGUCUGAGGAGGAAUGCUAUCACUGUUUAGCCAACUUAGUGGCCGCCAAAGAGAAGGUGUUCAUUACACAAACGAAAUUAUUGUAUGAAGUAACUUGGAAAACUGUGAUGCAAAUAGCCAAAAAGCAUGCUAAAUCAGCUGUAGCUCACUUACAGAGGCUAUAUCCUGGUCAAAAAUCGGAACGUGUUUUCAUGAAUUGGACGUGGUGGGUGCUGACUGGUCUUCCGUUUCCCCAUUUAGUUCGUGUGAUGGAUUGUUUUUUCCAUGAAGGCAUCAAGGUUUUCUACCGGAUUUCAUUGGCUAUAUUGAUUUUAUACCAAAAGCAUAUACCGAACGUAACAUCGGCGGCUGCGUCCAUGGGUGAUGGCGCCAUUAAUACGGCGGCCACAUCAUCGACAUCUUCAUCGACCACAACGACAAUAGCAAAAGCGAAUGACAACAUUAAGUUGAACAAUUUGAAAACCGGUGCCAAUUGGAAAGCUAGCGAUGAAAAAUCCAAUGACAUUGAAAUGGCACUACCGAUGUUUUGCCGUAAAUUGCCAGUGUCACCGGGUAAAUUGCUACGAACAGCCUUCAAUAUAAGAGCUUUGAGCUCAACAUAUAUUUCGAGGGUGUUCAUCAAGACUGAAAUGGUGCUGAGAAGUAAAACUAUUCUUAGCGGCUCAAAAGGUUUAGUUCAUUCACGUUCUAGUGAUAAUUUACCAACGAGUCAAUCACAAGUAAAUAUACAAAUGAUAUCACACACAUUAAGUAUUAGAGAAGGAGCACAUUCACCCGACAUGCGUGUGCUUUCAAUGGGUGUAUAUCCAAUACAAAGAAUCAAUAGCCAAGUGCUUGGUCAAGAUGAUCUAUUUACAUUAUGGUCGUGGCUGCCAGCACGCAUCACAAUGUAUACACCGACGCUACUGUACACCACAGAAGAGCAUGGCUGUUCGCUGACAACAUUCUAUGUACGAGUGGAACAACAUGAACCGACACUGCUAAUGAUCAAAACUUGUAACAAUGAAGUAUUCGGAGCGUAUUGUUCGACGCGUUGGUUUGAACGAAAUCUAAAGGACGACAAUGGACACCGGCAAGCUUAUUUCGGCACUGGCGAAACAUUCUUGUUCUCGCUGUAUCCGGACCGUGCGAAAUACCCUUGGGUUGGCAUUGACAGUGACAAGAACCUGGGACACGGUUCUGAACUCUUUAUGGCUGCUGAUGCUUCAAUGAUCACAAUUGGUGGCGGCGGUAGCCAAGCCAUUUGGAUGGAUGAAAAUAUGCGAUAUGGAAAAACUGACAGUUGUACUACAUUCAAUAAUCCACCGUUGUGCAAAUCGGGCGAUUUUGAGAUUCGUGUGCUGGAAGUGUAUGGAUUCAUUGGCGCUUAAAGCAUGCAGUGUAACUCUGGAUCAGUUGCCGAUUGCGUCUAAGGCCCUCACCACCAUCAUUUAUUGACUCAAUUCAUCGAAUAUCGGUACUGAUGAUGACACCAAUGUGUAUUAAUUUUGCUAAUCCUAUAUAUAUAUACCCUUGACCCUCUCCUCCCCGAUCAUCAAGCUCAUGCUUCGAACAUUUGUUGUUUUUUUUUCUGUAUAAACUCAUCAUUCAUCUAAUUUGAUUUUGGUUUUGUGUCCAGAUCCUGAUGAUUACAUUAUGGACAGCGAACAAAGCCACAAACAAUACAAAGAAAAGGCAAACGAAAAUGAAUCAAAUCUACAUUGUAUAUCCUUUAUAAUCACUCUACCGUUGUUAAUUGAUGUUGUUAAUUUUUCUUUCUUCAAAGCAAAACAAAAGAAAGAUUAGGGAGACCAAAAAUCCAUUAGUUGCUAUGCGAAUGCAUAUUGGAAUUUUAUUGCUAAUAAUUUUCGUUUCUGUGUCUCUUUUCUCGUUGGAAUUGUUAAAUCGAGAUUAAUUCUAUAAAUAUUCAGGUUUAUAAAAGGGUUUGGGUAUUAGUAGCCCAUUAUACUAUUGAAAAUGGUUCCGUUUCUCUAACGCUGCCACCUCAGACAGACAGACACAUGCAUAAAAACCGAAAAUCGAUCUGCACUUUUCGAUCGAUUCUCAUUCUAUUCUCAUAAAAAUUCGACAUUGUCAUUUCCUUUUCGUGUAACUUUCUCUUUUCGAGUUCACAUUCAAUUAGGUUCAAACAAACAAAAAAAAACCAACAACACACACACACAACAACAACAAAAAACACAACAUUAGAUUGUAAUCGAAAACCGUAGUAGGGGAAAGGAAAAGAAAAACAAAGAACAAUACCAGAAAUUAAUGAA